CAUGCGUAGGAAGAUAAAUAUCACAGGAACCAAGGUCAGCUUUCUUUCAGCCCUGAUUGCUGACUGCUGGGAAGUAUCUGAAUUGAAAUGUCCACCUCCACGUGUUAUCUGUAGGAAAUAAUAAGAUAUUUAAUGAUUCCAUUAGAAUGAGUGUUCCGGAGUCAGAACGGUUCGAUGGGAUGCUGAUGGCCAUGGCACAGCAGUGUGAAGGAGGAAUUCAUGAGUUGUUGGAUCAUUUCUUUGGUUUUCUGGAAAGAAAAACAGACUUUUUUGUUGGUGCUCAGAAAGGUUCAGCAGAAAAAAUAGUCACUACAAAAUUUCAUGAAUAUGAGAAGAGAGCAGUUCAAAAAAAAGAAAAAGAGCAAAGAGAAGCAGAGGCAUUGAGAGCUGCAAAAGCAAAGAAAGCUGCUGAAGAAACUCAACCCAAAAUACAAGAAGUAACUGAGGAAGAAGCAAGAAAAAUAAAAGAGGAAGAAGACAAAAAGAAAAAACAAGAAAAAGUAGAAGAGAGUGAAGAUAAACAAGAAAAGAAAGAGGAAGUUAAAAAUGGAAAAGAUGAGGAUGGAGAAGAGGAGGAUGAGGAUUCUAAAGGAAAGUUAAAACCAAAUGCUGGCAAUGGUGCCGACCUUCCAAAUUAUAAAUGGACACAGACUCUCCAAGAAGUUGAGAUUAAAAUACCCUUGAAGGUGGAUUUCAAGCUUAAAGGAAGAGAUAUUGCAGUUGAUAUACAACAAAAGCACAUCAAAGCUGGGCUCAAAGGCCAUCCACCGAUCAUAGAUGGAGAAUUACCGAAAAAGAUCAAGAUUGAGGAGUCGAUGUGGACUCUGGAUAAUAAACUGCUCACUAUAUCCAUGGAAAAGGCUAACCAGAUGGAAUGGUGGUCACAGAUCGUCACUACAGACCCAGAAAUUAACACCAAAAAAGUUCAACCAGAGAAUUCCAAGUUGGGAGAUUUAGAUGAUGAUACUAGAGGCAUGGUAGAGAAGAUGAUGUACGACCAAAGACAAAAACAGAUGGGUCUUCCUACCUCAGAUGAGCAAAAGAAACAAGAUGUCCUCAAAAAAUUUAUGGAACAGCAUCCUGAGAUGGAUUUCUCCAAAGCCAAAUUCUCAUGACAAUAUUAAUGUUAAAGAGAACACUUGUUGGUAAUCAUGAAGAAAAGACGUAGCUUGCACUGCACAUGAUAAAGACUUGUUGAGGUACUUAAUUCCUAGGAAGUUUUAGGGAGAAAAUUAAAGACAAGACUGUAGACUGUUGUAUCUUGAUAAUAUUGUGCUGCAAAUCUGUACUGGGUAUGAGUGGGAGGGAAGUAAGAUUCUUUUUAGAACUGCUCAAGUGUGAUGGCAUUGUUUGAUUGGAGGAAAUGCAGGUAAAGAUUCCACCUCAUGUAACAGGGUAGUUUGGUAGGAGAACUAGGACGGGAGUAUAAAUCUUUUCAAAGACUGUGCGAGUGCAAGAGUAUUGUUUGGAUGAGAUCUACAAUACAUGAUUAGAAAGAUCAUUAGAAGGUAUUCAGUAUUAAUCAUUUGCUUUUCUUAAAUGUGGUACUGGUUCUAAAGAAUGGAAUAAAACUUUAUGUAUACUUAACUCUGA